GGAUUGGAAGCGUGGAAGCCGCUGAACUUUAAAUGUCCGAAGCGACUUCUCAGCCAACUAUCACGCAGAGUCGAAACUUCUGAUUUCUGACAACACGAGAUUGGGGGUGCAAUAAUGGAUUUCUACUCUACGAAUACAUACACGUACAGAUACGUAUACACAUACAAGUGUGUUACUAUAUCUAGAUGUCUGGAUCACGGCAGAGGGGAUCCCCUGUUCGGUUAGAAUCCUGCAACCGCAUCGACGUCACCCAACGUUAUCCAGUCUUUCGAUUUCUUACAGGUUUCCUACUCGAUACAUCUGCUUCUCUUUCCAUGUGUUUGGUCUUGUUAUAGUCAGUCUUGGUUUCCUUUCAAGAAGAUGGCGCGGAACAAAAACCCAGUAAAGAUGUUUUCUUUCGCUGGAAUCCGGGAAAGUUGAAGAAGAAAACGAGAGAAAAUCGUUUCACAGAUCUCAGCAAGGGAACGAAAAAAGGGGUAUGAUGAUCUGGGGAUUUCGGUUGGAAAGCUUUUGUCUUGAAUAGCUUCCUUUCUGUAGUAUUUACAUGGAUUUAGGAUUGGGUAAGAAGGGUUUGGAUUUUGCUCUGAGAAACAAGAAGUGGAUCUUGCUGGCUGCAAGUGGUUACGGUGCUCUUAGGGUUUAUCAUUCUCCCUCAGUUUCCAGAAAACGGAAGAGGAUUUCGAAGGUUUUAGGAGCUCUGCUAAAUCUGGUAGAAGCAGCUUCUGAUUCCGCUGAAGCGAUUAGUGUCAUCUCAAAAGAUCUGACAGCUUUCUUAAGAUCAGAUUCCGACCAAAUCCCCAACAGCCUGAAGCAGAUCUCCAAAAUCGCCAAAUCAGAUGAAUUCAAUUCAUCCCUAAUCAGAUUCACACAGGCUAUGACCCUUGGAUUACUUCAUGGGUAUCGAUUGGAUUCCAAAAACGACGAACACGGGUCAGGUUUCACUGACCGGGUCAUGGACAAGCUCUUCUCCAGAGCCGGAACGGGCUUCGCUUCCGCGGUCGUUGGCAGCUUCGCCAGGAACAUGGUCGUGGCGCUUUGCUCCGACGAAUUUUCCGGCAAAUCUUCCGUUUCAGAGUCAAAAUGGGUCAACGCGAUUUGCUCAGACGAGAGCAGAAAACUGAUAGGCGACUGCGUUCAGAUGUUCGUGAGCACAGCGGUGGCGGUCUAUCUCGACAAAACCAUGCACGUGAACGUCUUUGACGAUCUUUUCUCAGGAAUGACAAACCCUAAACACGAACGCAGAGUCAAAGAAGCUUUGAUUUCUGUAUGCAAUGGCGCAGUCGAGACGUUCGUGAGAGCGGCACGGCAAGCUCCCGGAGACUCCGCCUCGACCAGAAGCUUCGGUUUCCGAAAAGAAAAGACCGAUCCCGAGUUCGAUCUAUCGCCGCCUGCUGUCGGACCGAGACUAUCGCGACGUGGUUAUAGCACAUGGAUCAACCGGCUUUCGGCUUCAUUGUCCGUACCAAGUAACCGGAGAUUCGUGAUAGAUUUAACCGGGAGGAUCACAUUCGAGACGAUUAGAUCGUUACUAGAAAUUCUAUUCGAUAAAUUCAACAACGGGAUGGCGAGUUGCGUUGAGUCGGUGAUAGAGACAGGGAGCGAAGCCACGAGGUAUGCGAAGGUUAAAUCCUCUGUUCUUUACAGUUUGUGUCUUUCUCUGUGUUUGCAGAUCGUUGAAGCUCCAUGGCUUCUGGCUCCUCCUAAUUACUGAAAAAAAGAGAAUGAUAAUUUGGUAUGUAUUGGUUCGAUUUUUGGAUUCGAUUCGACGUUAUCUGUUGGUUAUAUACAUGUUGUGGAAUUUUAUUUUUAAAAUUUGGUAUCUAAUUAUAAUUGUCGGAAUGAAGAAAUGGGUGAGUUUGGUUU